GGUGUCCUCGCGCAGGAUGGCGGCCCUCCGGGCUCUGGUGGCGUCGAGGCUAGCGGUGACCGCCGCCUUCGCGCCGCGCCCCGGCCUGCGUGCGCUGCCGUUCGGCGGAGCGGCGCAGUCCCCGCGCGCGGCCUUCCACGCCUCCGCGCCGCGCCCCGUGGCCAGGGUCGCAGUGGUGCUGUCCGGAUGCGGGGUCUACGACGGGACAGAGCUCCACGAGGCCUCAUCGAUACUGGUUCACCUGAGCCGUGCGGGGGCCGAGGUCCAGAUCUUCGCUCCUGACAUCCCUCAGAUGCACGUGAUUGACCACACCAAGGGGCAGCCUUCUGAGGGCGAAACCAGGAAUGUUCUGACUGAGUCCGCGAGGAUCGCCCGCGGCAAGAUCACCGACCUGGCCAAACUCAGCGCUGCUAACCACGACGCGGCCGUCUUCCCCGGGGGUUUCGGAGCCGCCAAAAACCUGAGCACGUUCGCCGUAGACGGGGGCAACUGCAAGGUGAAUAAAGACGUGGAACGCGUCCUGAAGGAGUUCCACCAGGCCGGGAAGCCCAUCGGCUUGUGCUGCAUCGCUCCCGUCCUCGCGGCCAAAGUGCUCAGAAGCGUCGAGGUCACCGUGGGCCACGAGCAGGAGGAAGGCGGCAGGUGGCCGCACGCUGGGACCGCGCAGGUCAUCAAAGCCCUGGGUGCCAAGCACUGCGUGACAGGAGUGACCGAGGCUCACGUGGACCGGAAGAACAAGGUGGUCACGACCCCGGCCUUCAUGUGUGACACGGCCUUCCACCACAUUCACGACGGGCUCGGGGCCAUGGUGAGCAAGGUGCUGGAACUCGCCAGCAAGUGAGGCCCUCGGUGCGGGGCUGCUCGCCUGUCAGCUUGGAACCGCGCAGGAAUUGAUUUCUUCGCUUAAACCUGCAGGCAUUUUCUUUGUAAGGAGGGCGCUCGCGAUACGCUUGGGGUCAGGGGUAGACUCCCUCUCAAGGAGUGAGGCCGGGGCGGCAGGGCCCACCGUCUGAGGGGCGCUGGCACCUGGCCUCGUGUGCAGCUUCCAGCUUGAGGUCAAGUCUGCCUUUCUGCGCCAGCAGGAGGGCGAGAGAGGACGGCAGUCCUAGGCCGGGCUCGCGUCAGAGCACCUCACUCAGUAUUUGGAAGGAAACAAUCUUUAAGUUUGUAAAUCUAAUAAUCAGGAAACCAGAAUACCACCUCAUCGACAAUUAAAGCUUCUCUAAUCUGGAGUGGGCACGUAUUAAUUAGAACAGUCUGCAGCUUUUUAGAGCAGGCAGGCCCUUUGGGGAGAGGAAACUUCUUUCCGAAACAGACAUGGGCAGUUCUGUUCCAGGCCCCCUGAGCCCAGCAGGUGAGGGUCACACACGAGGCUCCGUACCUUAGGCUCAGGUCUCCUUGUUUCAGGAAGGGAGGGUGCAGGAGCUCAGUCUGUGUGGACCUGCAGGUGGGCCCAGGCCCCGGGAGGGGGCGUGGGCCGUGCGGGAGGAGCGAUGAAGCGUGAGCCGGCAGGCUGGCUGGCGCCUUUCUGUGGGCGUGUGGCUUCUGUCCUGGGACGGCUCGCGGGGGGCUUCGCCCGUCACAGCGCAGCCCCGCUGGCCUGUCCUCCGUGACCCAGGGUGGCGCCCCGGGUGCUCGGAGCCGCCACGUCAUCUGGUCCUGAGAAAGCUGCCGGGGCCGACGCAGCGGGCUGUUCAGUUGGGUCCAGUCCACGCUGAGCUGUGUCCUGGUGGCCUGGGGGUGGAGUGCAGUCACAGGUCGCCCACGCUGCCCCUCACCCUGCCCCACCGACGGACAGGCCUCUAGCAGUUUUCCAGGGUCUGAGGGAGCUCGGGGAGGGCCGGGCCUGUGGAAGGAGCCGUAGAGCCUGAGACCACGCCCACCUGAUCCGCUUAGCUCCCUGGGUAUCUCACGUCUGCCAGUCUUCCCUGCACUGCAUGGCAACUCUGUUCUCUGGUGGCCUGUCCUCCUCCCACGACACUGGGUCCCAUGGGACACAAGCCCCUGAGGCACACCUGCAGGCACCAGCCACACUGGCCAGCAUCGUCCUUGCUCAAGAGAGCCUUGCAGGGCCCAUCAGAGGUGAGGUUAACAGCUCAUCCUAAGAAGUUUGUUCACUGAAACAUUUUGUACAGAUUUGUGUGUGUGUGUGUGUGUGUGUGUGUACAUGCACGUGCACGUAGAAGAAUGCAAAAUCACAGGUGUGCACCUCGGUGAGCUUUCAUGGAAUGACCUGCUACCUGGAUCCAAAGACCACAGCAUCACCAGCCCAGGUCCGCUCGGCACCAGGGGGAUGCCCAGGCGAUGGUGUGUGUCCUGGCUGCGUGACUUUCUUUUACAGCAACGUUUCUGGAGGGUUCUCCCCUGGCCGUCCGUGUCCCGUGAGCGUGGCCCCUGGGCUCCGGGGGUGGCCCCUGGGCUCCGGGGGUGGUGUGGUGUGUUCAGCUCCCGUGUGCCUCGCCCAGGGUACGGGCAUCUGGCCCUGGGGUCUGUUGGACCUUCUGUUUUCAUUCCUGCCACCUCGGUGGCUGUGGAAGGUGUUCCCGUGGUUUUCUCCGGCCUCUCCCUCGUGUCCGCUGAGGCCCCAUCUCCUCUCUGUUUAUUUCCUGGCCCUUUGGGGACCCUCUUUGGCAAAGCGUCUGUUGGAGUUUCGGGCCGUUCGCUCUCGGUUGUCUGUCCGUGUUUGGUGAUUGGAGCUGCUUUGUGCUCUGGUUGUAGGUCCUUCGUCAGUUCAGUGGGUCGCACGUGUUUUCUCCCACUUUGUCUUUUCGUUCCGAGUGGUCUUGAUGAGCAGAUCGUCCUGAUUUAAUGUUGGCCUGUUGAUCACCCUUCACCGUGUGUGUUUUUCUGUCUUUCUGUGGAAGAAAACUCCUUCCCGCAGGAAUGAGGGCAUUUUCCUGUGUCAUCCUCGUGUUAACGGUCGUUUCGCCUCUGUGUUUAGAUCAGCGGUUCGUCUAGAAUUGGUGUUGAUGAGUCAUUCUGCUCUGCAUUUGAUUCAUCGCUUCUGGAAAUGCCAGGGAAUGUGCCCACAGAGCAGAGUGGGCUUCAGUGGCCCGAGAGGUGUCACUGCGAGGCCACCUGGAGCCCCGCUUGCUUGAGUUUAUCUCACAGGCGCGGGGCGGGGGCGGUCUCAGGGGCAGUGGGGCAUCAGUGCCCGAGGGGUGGAGACCCACAGGGAGCAGGCUGCCUGGAUUCCACCUCCUCUGCUGCCACCUGCUGGGACCCGGCCAGAGGGCAGGCGGCUGGAGAGGGAAGGGCAGACUUACGAGGAAGUCCCCAGAGAAUGUGUAGUCACUCGGUGUCACCU